AUGGCUAAUGACAACAAAGCCUAUAUUUUCACUGAUGGCUCCAAGUUCGAAAAUGGAGUCGGAUGCGCUUUUGUGCAAUUUGAGAAUCACAUUACGACUCAUGAAUGGAAGGGCCACCUAGCUGACUCCAACAGCGUCUUCCAGGCAGAAGCGCUCGCUCUCACAGCAGCAGUUCAGCAUAUAAUAGAAGACACCGGUAUUAAUAAUGCAACCAUCUUCUCGGAUAGCGCAUCUACAUUGUACGCCAUCCAGAACCAUAUGCACACGUCGCAAAUUAUUAUGAAUUUGCAACAGAUGCUAAGGCUCAACAGCUCCCGCGGGAUCUCCAUAAAAUGGGUCAAAGCCCACGCAGGCAUCCUUGGUAACGAGGCAGCAGACCAGCUUGCGAAGGAGGCAGCUAACAACAUUGCAGCGCAAGAGCUGUACGUUCCAUCGCCUCCCUCUUACCUCAAACGUCUACUCAAGGAUGAAGCUGCCCGCAUAUGGCAAUCAGAGUGGGACCAAAGUGACACAGGCAGGAGAACUUAUAUGUUCUUCCCAAAAGUGUCCACUGACCGCACUAUAGGAAUUGCGCCAUUGUCACACUACAUCUCCGGACACGGCCCUUUCCCUACUUACUUCUGUAGGCACGGAAUCUCAACUACAAAUGUAUGUGUGUGUGGCAACGAAGGCACACCCGACCAUUAUAUCUACCAAUGCCCACUUACGUCGCAGUACCACCUGCCUACACCAUCCAGCAAUGAAGAGGCAUUCUACCGCUUCACUAUCAAAAAUAAGACUACGACAAAUAAAAUCUGCCGCAUUCUGAAGGCAAUAACGGCAUUAGGGCAAGACCUUUGUCAGCCUACUUAA